AUGCCGACCAAUGCGAUGAUCAAAUUUCUCUGGCCGAAGGUCCAGGAGCGUGGGAUGGAUUCACUCGAAAAGUCUUGGCGCCACAUGCACUUACUUUCUCCACUCCCCAUUCGAGACCUCCCAGCUUUACCAAUCAGCAUACAUGCCAAAGUGCUCCUAACUCUGGCGAGCCCCAGAGCAAGCCAAGCGCAUCUGGCAAGGUCGAGUCGGCAUCAACAGGUAAAGCGCCGGGCACAGUCGACGUGCUUGUCCACGAUACAUUCCGCCGCUCCGCCAACUACGAAGGCAUCGCUCUUGAGGACCCGUCUUUGGAAGAGAGGACCGCGAGACGACGAGCUUCGAUUUGCGCCUGCUAACGACUCGAGUGUGUACGGCUUUGCCCAUCCCCUAACUAUAUUUGUUCUCGUACCCUUUCCCAAGAUUAGGCUCACUGGGCAGAUAUCCUGUAAUGAAAACUGA